AGCUGUUCUGAUGUCAGAUCUACAAACACAAACAUUUGGAUCAGUGUGAGAAGAUUUUGAGUGUAUUAAAGCAUUACACAUACCUCAUGAUAUGAUCAUCAUUUAUGAUGUCUAAUUAAAGCAAUAUGCGUUCCUAUGCUAUUUCCUUUGACAUCAAAACAGGAUGUGCUGCCUGCAGGGCCGUAUAUAAGCACCAUAGACACUAGACACAUAGACACCAUUAUUGCACUGAUCUGCUGCACUCCAUUACGUAGCACUCUUGUUAGGAUGACAAAAAAACUUUAAAAGUUAUAUUUUCAGCCUGCUCUGCCUCAGCGAUCUAACAUCAAUGUCACAAUAACUGAGAUGGUCAAUCAAAUCAAAGUAGGCGGAGUUUACCGUUCACAAAAGCAGAUUGCGAUUUCCAGCACGAAGCGUCAGUUUAACGUUGAAACAAGACAGCAACCGCUGAAUUUUCAGCACCAUUACUCCAGGGGGAAGUUCAAGCUCAAACCGGUGUGCACCAUUUUGCUACGGUUUCCGGUUUGAAAGACCUGUUUCCUGGAAAAGGUGUGCAACAAGGUUUGAGAUGCUUUCUCUUGUUUGCAGGGCCAUGAGACAUUUAUACAUGCUGACAGCUUUCAACACCCAUCUGUUGUGUGUGGAAAUCACCCGAAAUAUACAGCCACAGUCAGACCUGAUGGAAGAGAAUGCAGAGAGUGAAGAACGGAGUGAAGUGGAGGAGAAACAUCAUGUCAAAAUUGAAGAAAAAUCUUUGAGUUGUUGGCAGACUACAAGUAAUUUUUUAUUGAAAGGAACAGCCAGUACAUUUUUUACCUGCAUUCAAUGUGGAAAGAGUUUUCUAAACAAGCAAUGUUUUGAACUUCACAUGAGAGUUCAUAAUGGAGAAAAACCAUUCAUGUGUGAUCAAUGUGGGAAGAGUUUCACAUUAAAAGGAACCCUUAGGGAUCACAUGAAGAUCCACACUGGAGAGAAUCUGCACACAUGUGAUCACUGUGUGAAGAGUUUUACGAAAAGAGGAGCCCUUGAGGAUCACAUGAAAAUCCACACUGGAGAGAAACCACACACAUGUGAUCAAUGUGGAAAAAGAUUCACAAAGAAAGGAGCCCUUAAAGAUCACAUACAAAUCCACACUGGAGAGAAACCGCACACAUGUGAUCAGUGUGGGAAGAGUUUCACAAAAAAAGGAGCCCUUAAUGAUCACAUGAAAAUCCACACCGGAGAAAAGCCGUACAUGUGUGAUCAGUGUGGGAAGAGUUUCAGAAAGUCAUGCACUUUUAAAUCACAUCUGCUUUCUCAUUCUGGAGAAAGACCAUUUAACUGUGAUCACUGUGGUAAGGAUUUUUUUAGGGCGGAUGCCCUUAAGGACCACCUGAAAGUUCAUACAAAGGAGAAGCCUUAUGUGUGUUGUUUUUGUGGAAGGAGUUUUGGUCAAAUAAGUAGUUUAAAAUUACAUCAGAAAAGACACAGUGGUGUGAAGGAUCAUAUGUGCUUCGAGUGUGGGAAGACUUUUGUUAGAGAUGCUGAACUGAAGCUUCACCAGAGCACUCACACUGGAGAAAAACCUUACCAGUGUUCACACUGUGACAAGAGAUUCAAACGGUCAGAAUAUCUGAGAAUACAUGAGAGGAUCCACACUGGAGAGAAGCCGUAUCACUGCCCUCCAUUCGCAUGGGUUGUUCCCAAAUGAAUAAUAUAUUAUAUACCAUUUUGUUUAAAAUAUAUUUCAAAUCAUUAUGCUUCCUUAUGAUUUUUGUAUUUUGUCCAAUUUAAAUUUUAAUUUCUUAUAAUGCAUGUGUAUCUCAUUUCAUUACUUUUUAUGUAAACCAUAAAUUUCUAAAGUUUUCUGUGCUCAUACAAGCAGAAAAAGAGCAGCUGGAAAAAAGACAAGCAGUUUGACUUAGUGUGGAGUCCUUUCUCUUACUUUUGUUUGAUGUUACGUCACAGAGACGUCUAUUUGACGUCUGCAUUUACAUCUGCAAGAUGUGUUUUUUUUAGAGUGUUUGCUCAUCUGCAAUACGUCUAUAGGACAUUUCAUCGGUCAUCAAGUUUGACAACACACAAAUAUUGAGGGGUUUAGUAAUGACCGACACUUCUAUGUAUAAUGAAAGCAGAGUAACAUAUUGAAACUCAUUGGCCCGAUUAACUUGAAACACUCAAAACAAGCACUACAAAAUAAAAGAACACAAAUUGUAUACAAUCCAUAUUUAACGGCAUUUAAUGAUUUGACAUUUAAGUAGAUUAAAUUUUCAUGAAAACAUCUUGUUGGUGUCGUUACAUUCAUGUUAUUGCUGUGCUUUCGUUGCACAAUUUGUCCAUCAGGUAUUGCCAGCAUACGGUGUUUCGAAUUGUUUUUUUUGAUUCAGAAUUUUGGCAUCAAUAUAAUGCACACGGUGUUCAGCAUUCUGAAUGAUGGAUUAGUUUUGCUUUGAUACUGGUGUGUGUUCUGCAAUGCAUCUCUGUGAAACUGUUUUUACUUUGAAAGCAGAAUAAGCAAUAUAUUAAACUUAAUCCUGUCAGUUUCACAUAAAUAUUCUGUACAGUUCUCCAGCAUAAAAAGCAUGGGCCUGCCAGAGAAUGCCAUAUGUUGCUGCAGCCUGGAUACCUCCAAGUGGAAGGGACCUUUGUCAUAUGUAGGAGGUUAACAGUCAAGUUAGUGGGUCAAAAAAAAAGAAAGCUACUAGGGACUGCAACCACAGGAUGGUGUCAGGGAAUCACCUUCACAGCCACCUCCAUCAUCACCAUCACCUGUUCCUAAUCUCACCCGAUCCCAAUCGCUGCAGUACUGAUCACCUGCACUCUCUAAUCCUUCUCAGCAUGAAGCCACCUUCACUUUAGUGCUUUGGUGUCCGGUCUACAGUUCACCACACUGAAAACUACACAGACUCUCUAUUCGCUAACCUGUGUCUACUCUAUUUCCAGAACCUCUGACGUUCCUCCUGUGUUCCCCAUUGUAGUCCUCCCUGUCUCCGGAUUCCAGUAUCAGUCUCCAGCCAUUCAGUCACCCACUCAUCUGCCAGUUUACCCAGUUGGACUAGUCACUAUCACCUUCCCUUUUCUCACCAUUCAACACUGUUCAAUAAACCCUGUUCCUCCGUUUACCAUCCAUCUGUGCCUUGAUUUGUGACAGAUGGGAAACAGGAAAUGGGAACAAACUAAAAGUCAACAUAAUACCAGAGUACAAGCUUAAAAUGCACAGUAUUUUUUACAUGUAACAUGUGAUCCACAUGUUAAAACCUAUUAUAACAUGUGGAAAACAUGUCCCACAUGUUGGUAACAUGAUUGCCACAUGUGCUCUAUUAUGUUGCACAUGUUGUCUACAUGUGAUCACAUGUGGAAAACAUGUAAAAUUCAUGUGUGUUUUUUCUGUUAGGGAAUAGCACAACCUUUUUUGGUGUUAAAUAGAACCCUUUUUAUACGGUUGCAUAAAGAACCAUGCUUUGAAAGUUCUAUAUAAUGGUGUUAUAAAUAACCUUUUUAAUGAUGGUUUAUUUUCAUUAAUUAACAUAUUAGUAUAUUAUAUCAUUAAUA